AUGAAGUCUUGGGCAAGCAAAUUCACCAAGGCGCAAACGGCCCCGUCCAACGCGCCUGAGUCUACCACCACCACUGUGGUGCCCAGUGAGAACGAGUCUUUCGCAGCGUUGCAGUCUGAAAAGGCCAAAAUGAAUGCGAAUGCAGACCCCCCGCCCACUGAGGCAACUGAGGAAAACGCGCCGGAAAAAUUUGACACGCAGGUAGCCAAUACAGAGGAGAAGGAUGAUGAGGAGGAGCAGCCAGAAUACGCGUCUGGAAUUACGCUCCUCAUCAUUGUCGUGGGCCUGUGUCUAGCUAUUCUUCUGGUUGCGCUUGAUAAUACAAUCAUCGCGACUGCUAUUCCCCGAAUCACGGACUAUUUCCACGCUCUCGAAGAUGUAGGCUGGUAUGGAAGCUCGUACCUCCUCACGACCUGCGCUUUUCAGUUGGUUUUUGGCAAAAUAUACACUUUCUUCCCUGUAAAAUGGGUAUUUCUAGUCGCUAUUGCCGUCUUUGAAAUCGGCUCAGUUGUCUGCGGAGCAGCGCCCAAUUCUACCGCUUUGAUCAUCGGCCGUGCUGUUGCUGGAAUGGGCGCAUCUGGGAUUUUCUCCGGUGCUUUGGUGAUCAUUGCAUACACGGUUCCACUAGAACAGCGGCCAAUCUACAACGGUGCUUUUGGUUCUAUGUAUGGUAUUGCCUCUGUUAUUGGACCCCUGAUGGGAGGUGCUUUCACAGACCACGUUUCCUGGAGAUGGUGCUUCUACAUCAACCUUCCUAUCGGCGCUGUCACGAUUCUUGCCAUCCUGAUCUUCCUCAAGAACCCUAAGCAGAAAUUGAAUACGACUCUGACCUGGAAAGAACGCCUACUGCAGCUUGAUCCCCUUGGUGCAGCAGCAUUUAUGCCCGGUGUCAUCUGCCUCCUCCUUGCGCUCCAGUGGGGUGGAACUAGAUACCCAUGGGGUAACUGGCGCAUCAUCAUCUUGUUCAUUUUCUUUGUUCUCCUCAUGAGUGUAUUCGUCGGCAUCCAAAUUUUCAAAGGAGAAAACGCAACCGUCCCUCCGCGUAUUAUCAAGCAGCGCUCUAUCGCUGCAGGCGCCUUCCUUGCCUUCUCUAUCGGCUCCUCGUUUUUCAUCAUCGUUUUCUAUAUUCCUAUUUGGUUUCAAGCAAUCAAGGGUGCUUCAGCUACAAAAUCAGGGAUCAUGGCCAUUCCCCUUGUUUUGGCACUGGUAGUUUUCUCCUUGCUUUGCGGAAUCGGUAUCACCUCCCUUGGAUACUAUGUUCCGUUUGCCUACUUGUCGGUGAUCAUGUCUUCCAUUGGUGCCGGAUUACUUACCACUUUUACCACCAACACGGGUUCUGCGAAAUGGAUUGGCUACCAGGUCCUCUACGGAGCGGGCUUGGGGCUGGGAUUCCAACUUGCCCUCAUCGCAGCCCAGGUUGUCUUGAAAUUGGAAGAUGUGGCGGUGGGAACUGUUGUGGUUAUGUUUGCACAGACGUUUGGUGGUGCACUGUUUGUUUCCGUUGGCCAGAACGUUUUUACCAACCGUCUUGUCAGCGGUAUUAUGAAGGCUGCACCAACCCUCGACCCUUCUACUGUGUUCCGCGGCGGUGCUACACAAUUGAAGAAUCUGGUGCCCCCCGAACUACUGGAUAAUGUUCAGGAGGCAUACAAUACCGCGCUCACAAACACAUUCUACGUCUCUGUUGCUAUGUCUGUGCUGGGCGUCAUUGGUGCCGUCUGUCUGGAGUGGAAGAGCGUUAAAGGGAAGAACAUACAGGCUGGAGCUGCCUAG